AUGUCUGAAGUGCCGGCUGUAUCGGGGCGCCUAGGGCAGGGGUCAGAGCCAGGGCUCGGGGCGUCCCUGGCCGGUGGCACCCGGUUCUUCUGCACCGCAGGCCGCGGCCUGGAGCCAUUCUUGAUGCGAGAGGUGCAGGCACGCCUCGGGGCCACUCAGGUUGAAUAUGUUUCAGGAAAAGUUUUUUUUACCACCUUUUCUGAUUUGAAUAUACUAAAGAAAUUAAAAUCGGCAGAAAGAUUAUUUUUGCUGAUUAAAAAACAGUGUCCACUUAAUGUUUCUUCUGCAAAUAAAGGAAGACUCUUCAGUGAAAUGAGAAGCUUGGUAAAUGAUGAUCCCGGAAUUUGGUUGAAUGGCCUUUCAAUUUGGAAAAGUCUUCUUGAACUUGAUGCAAAAGAUAGAAAACUUAUGCAAGAAAAUUCUAACCCAUUAAAAAGAAAAGUGGAAAAAAAUGACAUUAUCAUUGCUAAGAGUUUAAAAAUAGAACAAAUGCAAGACAUACAUGAGAAUAGACACAGCCAUCUGGAAGAAACACUGGACCAAGAUCUUAUCACUAAAAGAGAACAUUUUCAAGAUGAGUUUCAGAAUGCUGCCAAGAAAGCACUUGUUGAUCAUAAUGAUGUUGUGACAUUCCGAGUGUCCUGUCGCUGCAGUGGAUCUGUUGGAAAAGCCUUUACUUCACAGGAGAUAGAAAGGGUAAUUGGAGUUGCUCUUAUGAAACAAUUGGGAUGGAAAGCAGAUUUGAGGAAACCAAAUUUAGAGGUUUUUGUACAUCUAAAUGACGUUUAUUCUCUAGUUGGGAUUCCUGUUUUCAGGGUUCCUUUAGCCAGCAGAACUUACAUCAGGACUGCAGGACUCCGAUCAACUGUAGCCUGGGCAAUGGCAUCUCUUGCUGAAAUUAAAGCUGGUACAUUUGUUUUAGACCCAAUGUGUGGACUUGGAACAAUACUUUUGGAAGCUGCUAAUGAAUGGCCAGAUGUAUAUUAUAUGGGUGCAGAUGUCAGUGACUCACAGUUACUAGGGGCAUGUGACAAUUUGCAAGCUGCAGGCCUUAAUGACAAAAUUGAACUACUUAAAGUCUCUGCUGUAGAAUUGCCAUUGGCUUCAGAAAGUGUUGAUAUUAUUAUUUCAGACAUUCCAUUUGGCAAAAAGUUUAAGCUAGAAAAAGACAUCAGAAGCAUUCUACAAGAAAUGGAAAGAGUGCUGCGUGUUGGCGGGACGGCUGUGCUGUUAUUAAGUGAAGAUCACCACAGGCAGCUGAGAGGCCGUGGAGGGAGCGACCACACCAGUGGGCCUGGGGUGGAAAAGGGCUCCAAUCCUGAGGGGAACAGUGACACCGCAGAGGAGUCGACAUUGGCAUUUCAAGCCGGGAACCAGGAAGGCUUGGAUAAAAUGGCCCCAUUUGGCUCUCUGGUGCCUGUGGAAUGCUACAAAGUCAGCCUUGGAAAAACAGAUGCGUUUAUAUCUAAGUACAGGAAGUCAUCAGCAGUCACUGCUGUAGAUCCGCUUCAAGUCCAUACAUCUUAG